AUGAGUUAUAAUAAAGAUAUCUGGGAAAAUUGUCAGACUGAGGUGUCUGGACCUGUAGUGAAUGACGAUGGAGUUUCUGAUCAGUGGUCUCAUUGGGAGAGGGAAUUCUACUUUCAGAAUUUGAAUAGAGCUGAAGCAUAUUCAGGGAUUGGGGAGGUGGCAGCACAUGAAGAGAACACCAGCAAGAAGAAUGGUGAUUUAAGCAACAGUUGGAUCGAUCCUUUCCCUAGUAGAGGUAGAGGUAUAAGCAAUCCAAUCCAGCAAAGAUCAUCUUGGAGCAGUUACUCCCAUUAUUAUCCUCAAACGUCUACUAGAAGAGUUAGCUCACAAAGUUUGGAUGGAAACACAGAAAUUGCGGCAACGGCCUUGGACAAUGGGUUAGGCCUGCUGAGAAACCAAAUAAUUGCCUCUUCUCAACUUCAUGAUGAAUACUGCAAUGCCAGAAGUUAUUUUGGAAACGCAGAGACUUGCGACCAAGUAACACAACGACUGAAUAUGCUACUGAAAGAUCAAAGAGUGGUAGGACUAUUGGAUUUUUUGAAGAAUAAUAACGAAGAUCUAAGGUUCCAAAGCAGAAACUUCUCGAUGAUAAGCUGUAAAAAUGGUAGAGUAGAUUUAAUCUCCGUUGCAAAACAUUCCAACUUGCGAUUCGAAAAACAUGACUUAGUGGUGAUAGAAGGCGAUAGAGGUAAGGACUUGGUGACGAUAGUUGAACCAGUAGUUUCUCAAAACGUGGCAAUUCUGUUUAACUAUCUCAAAAAAAAACUUCAUCUAAAGAGUUUAAAGUGUGGACAGCAAAGAAUCCCCUCAGUUCAACCUGAUUCUUCAGCAAUUUCCAAGAAACCAACUAUGAUCAACGAAGAUGAGAAUUUUGUCACCUUGCCAAACAAACAGGUGCUUAGAUUCGUGAAGCCUUCAGAAAUACAGCUUUUGGUAGACAAAUUCAAUGAUGAAUUGACCGCUCAUAAGCUAUGCCUUCGAUACGUAGCAUCAUUGAAACUUGAUAUUCAAGUUAAGAAUGUUGAGUUUCAAUUUGAUCGGAAAAAGUUAAUAAUUUACUACUUCAGCGAACGUCGUUUGGAUUUCCGUGGACUAAUAAAGGAGCUUUUCAAAGUGUAUAAGACACGAAUUUGGUUAUGUGCUAUUCUUCCUAUAGAAACGGAUCAUCGUGGAAUAGCAAAGACUAUUGUGAAAGAUGAAAUUCCCAAAGAAUUGACAUCCAAAGAUGGAUUCAAAACUCUUGCACCAACGGAUUUUCAUGGACGUAUUUUUAACAAUCUUAUCUCAAUGUUUGAAGUAGAAUUGGAUGGUUAA